AUGAUGUUUCUACUCCCAACAAUCCUUCUAUCUUCCGCCGUGCUGGCAGUACCGCACGGGCACCAGCAUCGCCAUAUCAAUAUAACCCCCGAUCUCAACAAGCUUGUAGAUGACGUUGUCGACACUGUCGGUGACGUUGUUGACGAUGUCGUAGCCCUGGCUCGCAUGUCCAGCGCAGAGGUUGAGGCCAUUUACAAGACAUGCUGGAAUGGCAAUAUCCCAUGGCCGAGCCGCAUGCCAUCCGCCGAUGUACCGCCCCGUCAACUCAACCUCUUCAGCAAGCCAGCGGCCACACCUAACCAACUUACAAUCAACAACUACUGCUCUUACCCGAUCAACUACAUGCACUGGGAUGGUAGUGCAACCCCUGUAAAGGGCGUUCUCGAUGCCGGAGCCACGCUCAACAGUGGGCUCACUGGAACCGUCUUCAAGGCAUCGAAGAAGGCCGACAUGAGCAACGAAUUGCUCGUCGAGUACAGUGUUACCGGCGGUAUGCUGUGGUACAAUCUUAGUCUGAUUACCUGCAUCAAAGGCGAGGACCUCAGCGCAUGUGCCGGCCACGAGGGAGGCCUACAGCUCGGCAACACCGAAUCCAAGAGUUUCCAAUGUGCUGCGAACAGCUGGUGUGAUGAUCAGGCCUAUAUAUACCAGGAAAACCUCUGCAAGAAGGAGAACCCGGUGUCGCAGUGCAACCCUAGCUUGGGCUUGACCAUGGAGUUUUGCGCUGGCGCGAAGCCCCAAUGA